AUGAAGGGCUUCGCAUUUGCUUCGGCCCUGGCCGCCAUUGGCGCCGUCACGGCCUCCCCAACUCCCACCGAACAAGAGCCGCCCACCAAGCGUGACAGUUUCCCUACUGUCACGGUCUCUGGCAACGCCUUCUGGAAGGGCAAGGAGCGGUUCUACCUCCGCGGUAUUGACUACCAACCCGGCGGCUCCUCCGCCAACGAGGAUCCUCUUGGCGACACCGAUGUCUGUCUCCGUGAUAUCGCCAAUUUCAAGGACCUUGGUGUGAAUACCAUCCGUGUCUACGCCGUCGACAACACCUUGAACCAUGACAAGUGUAUGCAGGCUCUUCAAGACGCCGGCGUCUACCUGGUCCUCGAUGUCAACAACCCCAAGUACUCUAUCAACCGCGGCGACCCCGGCCCCUCGUACAACGCCAAGUACCUCCAGAGCGUUUUCGCCACUGUCGACAUGUUCGCCCGAUAUCCCAACACUCUGGCCUUUUUCUCUGGCAAUGAGGUCAUCAACGACGAGAAGGACACUGAUAAGUCUGCUCCUUUCGUCAAGGCCGUCACCCGCGACAUGAAGAACUACAUGAACACUCGUGGUCUUCGUAAGGUUCCUGUCGGUUAUUCCGCUGCAGAUGUCUCCUCAAACCGACUGCAGACUGCCCAGUACAUGAACUGCGGCUCUGAUGACAUGCGAUCCGACUUUUUCGCAUUCAACGAUUACUCGUGGUGCAACACGAACUUCAAGCAGUCGGGCUGGGAUCAGAAGGUUAAGAACUUUACCGACUACGGCCUUGCUAUCUUCUUGUCCGAGUACGGAUGCAUUGACAACCGCCCCCGUAAGUUUGAGGAGAUCGAGGCCAUGAUGAGCAGCGAAAUGACUGGUGUCUAUUCUGGUGGUCUCAUGUACGAAUACUCGUACGAGGACAAUAAAUACGGCAUCGUAGAGCUCAAGGGUGGGCUCAAGGCCAAGACUGUUGAUAAACUGGACGAAUACGACGCCUUCAAGUCUGCUUUGAAGAACAACCCUGCCCCUACUGGCGCAGGUGGUGCUGCUUCGACCACCCACUCCGUCAGCUGCCCUACUUCCAAUGCUGGCUGGCAGGUCAACCCCAGCCUGGUCCCCCAAAUGCCUAGUCAAGCUGAGAAAUACAUGAAGGACGGCGCUGGCAAGGGCCCAGGUUUCGAUCUCAGCGGCGAUGGUUCCCAGAACGCUGGUGAUUCCGGCACGUCUACCGCUAGUGUCACCGGCGGUGCAGCGUCUCCCACUGGCAGCGGUGCCAAGGAGUCUGACAGCGCUGGCGUCACAACUUUCGGUCCUGUUGAGAAGGCCCCCUUCAUCAUCACUGGCAUGGUAGUUUUCUUCACCCUGUUUGGCACCUUGCUUCUGUAA